ACCAGGAGGCACGAGCCGGCCCCACCUCUCAGCCCCAACUUCACCUCCGAUUCGAAAUGUCUUCCUCAUCAUCCGAUCUCGUCCUCUACAACCUCGUCCCCGCUCCCCAAACCCUAAACCCUCCCCCACCACACGUCACCGCCGCCCCCGAUCUCUCCAUCUCCACCGCCGUCGCGGCGGCGCCAGAACCCGUCAUCCGCGGCCGGGUUCGCCGCACGGUGGGCUCCUCUUCCGCCGACCGCCACGCCAAGGUCGCCGGCCGCGGCCGCCGGGUCCGCAUCCCGGCCAUGGUGGCGGCGCGCGUCUUCCAGCUCACGCGUGAACUCGGACACCGCACCGACGGAGAGACCAUCGAGUGGUUGCUGCGCCAGGCCGAGCCUUCCAUAAUCGCCGCCACCGGCACCGGUGUCACGACCGAGGAGGCGCCGUCGUCUCUCGUCCCCGUCUCCUCCAUCGCGUCCUCAGUGUCCCUUACGCCGGUCCCGUACUACACCGCGCUCCUCAUGCAACCACCGCCCACCGCCAAUGAGUCCCCUGUCGCCUCUGCAUCCGUAUCUGGCACUGUUGCGGAGGAGAAUAACAACUAGGCUAGGUGGAAGAGGAUUAUCAAAUGGCAGUUAGGCUCAAAGUUAGUUAGUGGUUAGGGUUUAUUAUGUGUGCUAUGUGGUCAUGGCUUAUUACCUUGGGAGAGGAUUGCGGUGAUUUAGCUAGCAAAACUGAUUGAGAAUGUAACAACAGAAGAAGGAAUGACAUCUUUUAAAGUGUUUUUUUGAGUCAUACUGGUGUUGCAAGCGAAGUCUUAUCUCUUGUGAUAUGUCUAGUGCUUCUGAUUUCUAUA